GCGUAAGCACUCUGCACGCUCACAGACACACACAGAGUGAGAGCCACACAUAUUUAUACAUAGCCUACUCACAGACGCUUUCAUACGAAUAUUACAGAAAAGACACUGACUGAGACAUAAACAAUGCCUGGAAAGGGAUUCGUUGCUUCUGAAUUCCUUGAUGAGAAACAUCGCAUAUAAUCGACAUUUUAAUUGAUUCUUUUUAAUCAAUCAUAAAUCUUGCUUUAAGAGGGAACACGUUUUUAAAAAGGGUAUGUUUUUUUAAAGGGAGAUAACGAGACUGGACUCCUGACCAGCGUGAAACAUUUAUUUGAUCAUCAUAACGUCAGAUAAGGAUUGUCACCGUUGCUGGAUUAUCGUUUUCUUGGAUACAUUAUUGCAUCUACUGUUAUUUCAAGCUAAACAAAUAUUUUAAGGUCUAACGUUAAUUGCUGGGAGACUGGGAGGACAUUUCGCAAUGAUAUAAAACAGAAAGGAAGGAAGGAUCUUUUUUUAACCUCGGUCUGCUGCUGCCGUUUUCCUGCUGUUGGACGGAGCAUACUUUUUUUCGUUGAAGAAUACGAGAACGUUUAAAAUUGACACAUUUAAUAGCCUUUUUGGUUGCGAGACCAUCAACUCUCUUGCGGUCCACCUUGGAUUACCCGAGGAAAGAGCAAGCUUUAUUUUUAGCCUCGCUUGUCUGCAGUCUGACGUUAUUUGCAAAGUGAAACAAGGAUUAAACAUUCCUGUUCACAGUUGCCUGCUGUAUGUGGUAGGCUACAUUGUGAGGGGAACGGUGGUGUUAAGAAAGAAAGCUAUUAAUAGCUCAUGCAAUUCUCGAAAACUAUCACAACUGGUGCAUCAGUUUACCUUGUGGGGGCUGACGGAAUCCAAUUCAGAUUUCUUGCAUGCAAUUUGCAACAGACUGGUCUUCGACACCUAAACGGUCCAUUUAGUAGUGUUUAAUUAGUGGAUAAUACACGCGUAAUAAACUACAGUGUUUUUCCUAUAAGAAGUUUUCGGACUAACCACGCAUUUUGAUGGAUUUUUGCGCUCAGGAAGAAAAUAAUAGAUCUACUUCGCAUGGAUUACACUAUUAUUUAAUCAUUAAAGUAUCAUCGGAAAGACUGGCAUGGACACGGAUGGACAUUUCUCUCCAUGGAUUAAGACACGGAUACAUUUUAGCCUAGCCUACAUGCUUUCUGCGUUUGACAAUGAUCAGGUUUGGAUCGCCUGAGCUGGACAGUAACAAUGUUCUGAUCUGCGAACACACUUGGAUGUCCAAAAACAAACCAUUCGUUUUGGUAGGCUAUACAAUCAAAGGGGGUUAUUGAUACGUUUACAAUCCUUUCUUUGAAUACACCCUCUGUUCAGCCGGGUUAUUUUUUUAUGACAGUUGACAAAAUAUUUGGGCUACUUAAGGUUAGCCAUUGAUCUGUUAGACAAUUACCCGUGUUUUGGCGGUGGUGGGGCAUACUUGUGAGGGGAACAGAUUUGCCACCACUGCUCGGUCUUGUUACCGAUCAAGGAUUUCGACAUGCCCAGUACUGACGACCCGAACGGCAGACGAUUAUGACUACGGCAGCGAAUUGGGUGGCUAACGGGGCAAGCCUUGAAGACUGCCACUCCAACCUCUUCUCUCUGGCAGAGCUGACGGGCAUCAAGUGGAGGUGCUACAGCUUCCGUGGCGGCGGCGAGUACGGGCCGGUGAUCUCGGCACCAGCCCAGGACGACCCGGUGCUGCGCAGCUUCAUGCGCUGCGUGCAGGCCAACCUCCUGUGUGUGUGGCGCCGCAAAGUCAAGCCUGACGCCAAAGAGCUGUGGAUCUUCUGGUGGGGCGACGAGCCCAACCUCUCUGACGUCAUCCAUCACGAGCUGGAAGUGGCCGAGGAGGGACUAUGGGAGUGUGGGCUGUCAUACGAAUGCCGGACCCUCCUGUUCAAAGCCAUUCACAACCUGCUGGAGAGGUGUUUGUUGGACAAGGACUUUGUGCGGAUCGGGAAGUGGUUCGUCAAGCCAUACGAGUUGGAGGAGAAGCCUCUGGCCACCAGUGAGCACCUAUCGUGCUCCUUCACCUUCUUCCUGCAUGGGGAGAGUAAUGUGUGCACCAGCGUAGAGAUUGCCCAACACCAGCCUGCCUACCACAUCACUGAUGACCACAUCCGCCUGGCCCAGACCUCCUCAGCCCCCGUACAAGUGAUCCUGAGUCCGUAUGGUCUGGCGGGCUCUCUGACGGGCCAGGCCUAUAAGAUGAGUGACCAAGCCGUGAGGAAGCUGAUGGAGGAGUGGAGCUACUUCUACCCCAUGGUGCUGCAGCGCCAUAGAGAGGGGGGCACAGGGGGUGCCGGCAUGGGGGGCAUGGGUGCGGAGAAGGAGGGCUCUGACCUGCCGUUUGACCCCAACAGUCAUGUGGCCGUCGAGGUCAUCGUAGGUGGUGUGAGGAUGAUCUACCCAGCAGCCUUUGUGUUGGUUGCCCAUGGCGACCUGCCUGUGGACCAGCCCCUACCUGCCCCCGGAGCCCAGGGGCUCAGCAGAGACCCCUCCCAUUGUAGCAUCCCCCUCACACCACCCACCUCACCUGAACAGCCCUGCUCAGCAGACAGUGGCUUUGUGACAGUGUCCAGCAUCCUCCCUGCCCAGGAGAGGGCCAUUGGGGCCACCAACCACAGCCCAAAGCAUUCUGGGAAGAAACUGACCAAUCAGGUGGUGCAUCAGGCAUGGAAGGAGUGUUAUCUCAACCAACUGCAACACAAAUGCAGUGUGCCCAGUAACGUGACGCCAAAGAAGGAGGCGCCAAACGGGGUGACCACCUGGGACUUUAUCGACUCGGGCGAGAGGGCACCCUGCAGCUGCUCCAGGUUAAAGCAGCAGCAGAAACAGCAGCAGCAGAAACAGCAGCAGCAGAAACAGCAGCAGCAGACCAACACCUCCUCUGCCAAUCCUCUGUCUGGUGCCAACCCCACCCCCUCCCUGGGCCCAGCACUUCCUCCUCCCUCCCUGCCUAAGCACAAGGCCACGGACAAGUCCGAGAAACCCGACAAACAGCCCAAGAGGGUCGCCGCCAUGACCCCCUUCCACCACCGGCUCUCUGUGGGCCAGGAGGGCUGCCUGGAACAAGACUCCACUGAAGGUUCCCAGCUCGGCCUAGUCGCCCUGGACCCUCUCCUGGAUCCCAUGCCCACCUGCAAGUACCCCAAGCCCCUCUCAGCUGGCAGGAAAGGCCCCCAGUCCCUGCUCCACUCUCCCGUCUCCCCAUUACCCCCCACGCUCAGCCCCCAUCCGCGGGUGGGGCAGGACCCUGAGGUUCUGGACGCUCCUGUGGGCAUGGCCCCCUGUCCAGAUGGGGCGUCAGGGCUGGGGGUGAUGGAGCCCAGUGCGACUGCUCUCUAUGCAGCCCCUCUGGGGCCCAGAGAGAGGGAAGCUGGGGUGGGCUGGUGGAGGGGCUUCAGGACUCCCAGGGCUGAUAAGGCUGAGUUCAGGCCUCCAGAGCUGCCCAGUGACAGAGUGGAAAUAAAGACAGAGACACAGGUCACUGAGGGAGUUGCACUGAAAAGACUAUUCGCGCAGACAGAGAAGUGUUUCAAGAUAUCUGAGGAGCGCGUUAGGGAACACAUCCAGACCCUGGGUCUACUGCAGCAGCCUGGGGUGGAAGGAAUGGGGGACCUUGGGGACGACCCAUAUGACUUCAAGGAGGGAGACAUCGAGUACAGCUUCCCCACCUCCAAAAGACUGAAGGGCCGAGACCCUAGCAAGAGAGGCCCCAAGGGAGAGGAUAUUAGCAACGGUGCACUGCCUGAUGGGAAAGAUGCCAUGUCCAUCUUUAGCUCUGCCCCCAAAGCUGAUGAUGACUCACCGCAGGACGACGAGGCGGCCAAAGCCCAAAACCCUCCUCUAACCAGGGAGACUGAUCUGGUGGUCCUCAUCUCAGACCUGGAGAACAUUUUCGACGAGGAUGAGGAGGAACUUGGGCACACAGCCAGGGUCCUGGUAUCAGGAGGUGAAGACCGAAGGGAGGGGAGGGUGGCUGUGCCCUAUCCUUCAACAGUAGCAGACCUCCAGCGGAUGUUCCCCACACCUCCGUCCUUGGAGCAGCACCCAGCCUUCUCCCCCAUCAUGACAUACCGCGACACCCCCAGCCAAGAGCCCCCAGCCCCCUCGGGGGGCUCUGACCACCCCCUGGGCCCCCUGUCCUCCACCCAGCUCCAGGAGUACCGGAUGGAGGUGGAGGAAGGCAUGGCCAGUCCUAAACAUGAGGACAUUAAGGACUUCUCAUUUGUGUACCGUGUCCCGUCUGUCCAGCCACAGAUGGGCUGCUCAAUGUUUGCUCCGCUGCGGACCCUCCCCAGCCAGUGUCUGCCCCCAAUUAAGGUGCCUGACCAGUGUUACUACCGGCCCUCCUGGGCCCUGCUGCCCAAGAUGGAGCAUUACUCCUCCCUGCCGCCCUCCUUCAUCAGAGAUGGAUAUGUCAACGUCCCCAGUGUUGGGGACCAGGAGUAUGCCCAGUUGAGUGCCAGUGCCCUAUCCAUAGGCACCACCGGCAGCAUCCUCCCCUCACCCUCCCCUGCCACCCCCCGCUUCUCCGUCCCCACCCCUCGUACCCCGCGCACCCCCAAGGGCGUUGGCACGGCCAGCGGGCAAGGCUCUGUGAAGCAGGAGGGCACCGGGACAGAGCUGAGCUCCCCUGCCUCCACGCCCUCCACCAGCCUGCCUAUGAGCUCCCUGACUGAGCCCCAUGCGUCUUGCCCCGCCCUGCCCGAGGCCCACAGCCUGUACGCCGCCCUGCUCCUCUCUGACUCAGUCCUCAACGUCUUCAAAGAUCGCAACUUCGACAGCUGCUGCAUCUGCGCCUGCAACAUGAACGUGAAGGGUGCCGACGUGGGCGUGUACAUCCCCGACUCCACGCUCGAGGACCAGUACCGCUGCAUGUGCGGCUUCAGCGCCAUCGUCAACCGCCGGCUGGCCCACGGCACGGGCCUCUUCCUGGAGGACGAGCUGGACAUCUUCGGGAGGGGCUCGGAGGUGGGCCGGGCAGCCGAGAGGAGGCUGGCACUGUGCCGCAGAGACCCACCCAUGGGAGACCCCCGGGCCAAGCGCCCCCAGGACUCCUCCCCCGCCCCUUCCUCUGUCAUGGGGCUCCUCCAGGAGCAGUGCUCCCAGCCCAUCUCCUCCCUGGCCUCCCUACACCUCCCUCCUGCCUGCUCCUGCCACGGCCGCCAGGGGGCCCUGCUCCAGAGCUGGAUGGCUGAUAAGCAGUGGACGGAUGGCAGUGAUGCGUGUGUGGAGUGUUACAACGCGCUGGUACAGGGGCAGCAGUAUGUGGAUAACCCCGCCGGAGGGAAAGUAGAUCCGGCUGUUGUGAGGAGCAGCGCUCUACACUCCUGGCCUCACACCAACGUGUUGGACAUCAGUAUUCUGUCGUCCCAGGACGUGGUGCGUAUGCUGCUGUCCCUGCAGCCCUUCCUCCAGGACGCAAUCCAGAAAAAACGUACGGGCCGGACCUGGGAGAACAUCCAGCAUGUCCAGGGUCCACUCACAUGGCAACAGUUCCACAAGAUGGCCGGCCGGGGAUCCUACGGGUCAGAGGAGUCGCCCGAGCCCCUUCCCAUCCCUACCCUGUUGCUGGGCUACUACGAUAACUAUGACCGUAACUUCCUGGCUCUGUCGCCCCUGGCGCUUCCCUUCUGGGAGAAGCUGCUGUUGGAACCAUAUGGGGGACAGAGGGAUGUGGCCUUCCUGGUGCUCUGCCCCAACUCUGAAACCCUGCUGGCCGGGGCACAGGCCUUCUUCCAGGAGCUCAGCGCUGUCUAUGAGACGUGUCGGUUGGGGAAACACAGACCACUUGCAAAGGUCUCCAGAGAUGGGCUGGUGCGUGUGGGGGCAGAGACGGAAACUGAGACCGAUAAGGAGAAAGAGAAGGAGAGGCAUGAGGAGGAGCAGGUAGACCAGUGGUUCACAGGGCCCUGGGCUGGACAGCAACACAGCGACAACCUCAGAAAACUCCAACUCUAUGCGCGCGCCUGCAGGAAGCAGCUAGGUCCACAGUUGUCUGCCCUGUCUUUGGACAGCAGUCUGUUGUUACCCCCCAAGCCUCAGCCUCCUCCAGCCCCUACGCCCUCCUCAGCCCAGCCUGCCCCCUCCUCCAGCCAGCCCCCCUAUGGUCCUGGGGCCCCUGCUGAGGGAGAGUCAACAGCCCCCCCAGUGGCCCACAGCUCAGAAAGCACCCCAACCCCCACAGCAGCAGCCUCGGGCCAGCCAGGUCCAGCAGAGAGCACCCAAGGAGGGUCCACUGAGGUCAAGAAUACCCCCAAUGCCCCACCACCACCACCUAGCCAGCCAGAGACCCCUGAGAGUGUGGCGGAGCGGGAGCGAAUCGGCAUCCCCACGCUGGCGGACUCGGCCGAUAGCCACGCCCACCCCCCGGCCAUUGUGAUCUACGUGGUGGACCCCUUCCUGUGCUCGGGCCAAGCGAGGGAUGGAGGAGGAGGAGAGGAGGAGGAGGGUGAGGAGGUGGAGACAGGCAGUGUGUGGUUACUAGGGCUGCUGCGUUGCUACACAGAGAUGCUACAGACAUUGCCGGAGAGCAUGAGACCAGCACUGGUGUUACAGGUGGUGCCAUGUCAGUACCUGCUCCAGCCAGCCAGUGGUGAGAGCCCUCUGUACCUGCAGCACCUGCGCUCCCUGGCCUUCUCAGCCUACUCCCAGUGCAGACGCCUCCUACCCACACAGACACACAUCAAGUCUCUGACUGGCUUUGGCCCCGCCUCCACCCUAGAAUCUGUGCUCAAGAGCCCAGAGCACCCCAGCCCUCUACAGGGCUACUCUCCCCCGUACAUUCUGGGUCCUACCCGUGCCAAGAUGCCGGAGCCAGGGGAGGUGUGGGCAGAGAUCCCUUCCAGGUACAACGUGCUGUUUGUGGGCUACUGCCUGUCCCACGACCAGCGCUGGAUCCUGGUCUCCUGCACCGACCAACAGGGAGAGCUACUGGAGACCUGCAUCAUCAACAUCGAUGUGCCCAACAGAGCGCGGUGGCCCAAGGUCUCAGCCAGGAAGAUGGGACUGCAAAAGUUAUGGGACUGGUGUGUCGGCAUCAUCCAGAUGACCUCACUGCCAUGGAGGAUCGUAAUUGGUCGGCUGGGCAGACUAGGACAUGGUGAACUGAAAGACUGGAGCGUUCUCCUGGGGGAGCACUCCCUCCACUCCAUCAGUCGCCAGCUGAAGGAGGCAUGUCGUAUGUGUGGCAUCUCCUCCGCCGACUCCCCCUCCAUCCUCAGCGCCUGCCUGGUUGCCAUGGAACCCCAGGGCUCCAUCGUGGUGAUGCCAGACGCAGUGACGAUGGGCUCGGUGUUUGGUCGCAGCACAGCCCUCAACCUGCAGACGUCCCAGCUGAACACCCCUCAAGACGCUUCCUGUACCCACAUCCUGGUAUUCCCCACCUCCGCCACCACACAGCUGGCUGCCAGCUCCUACCCCACAGAGGAUAACGCCGACGACAUGUUCGACCUGCCUUUCCCUGACGAGCUGGAGAAUGACAUAGGACAUGACAUUCUCAACCUGCACCCCUCCCCCAACACCUCCCCCGUACCCUCCCCAGGCUCCCCCUCUGGCAUGGGGGGAAGCUCACACUUCCAGCAUAACAGGAGUCAGGGAGAGAGGUUUCUGUCCAGGGAGAACCCUCCGGAGGAGCUGAAGCAGCAGCCUCUAGCCCUGGGAUACUAUGUUUCCACUGCCCAGGCUGACAGCCUGCCUCACUGGUUCUGGGCCUCCUGCCCUCAGGCUCAGAACCAGUGUCCACUCUUUCUCAAGGCAUCUCUACACCACCACAUCGCCAUUGCCACAGCCCAAUCAGAUGAGCCCAAUCAGACAAACUCAGACAAGACGACCAAGAGGAUACCUCACCCUCUGGACUCCAAGACCACCUCUGACGUGCUCAGGUUUGUGUUGGAGCAGUACAACGCCCUCUCGUGGCUGACGUGUAACCCUGCCACCCAGGACCGCCGCUCCUGCCUGCCCGUCCACCUGGCCGUGCUCACACAGAUGUACAAUGCCGUCCUCAACAUGCUCUAGCGAUGGGACUUACUAAUGGACAGCUACGGAAACUGAGUACUGUACAAUCCAUGGCCUCUGAGGUUAUGUGUGCCUGCCUGCCUGCAAUGUCUCUGCCGGGACACCAGAGAGAGCCAGAGGUCUGUUAAAACAAUUCAGGAAGGACAGAUAGGGUGAGACUUAUGGACCCCUUUUACACCUAGUAUUACCAUGUGAUCUGUGAUCAAAUCAUGGCUAUAAUUCAGUGGAUUGAUGGCCAAAAUGGUGGCAGUAGGAAAACAGAUUGUGCUGGUCCUUGGUUGGGAAACAAACAAACGCCUAUGUACAGUACAGAGAGACCUUUGAACAUGAACAGUAGGGUCAGCCAUGAGACCAGUCCAGUGCAAUUCUUACCUUUAAAAAACGGUUAUUGUAAGAUGCGGUGAUAUGCCAACAACCAUCUGAAAAGGCACGUACCGUCUGAGAGAGAAGAUGGAGAUAUCCAGCUAUGCCCUUUUUAUUGUCAUAAUAGGACAUUUCAGUGUUACAUUUGUCAUUAUCAGAUCAGCAUUGUUGUACAGGAGGACUUUUCACCCUGUUCCUGUGAGACUGAAGAUGUUUUGAAGCCAUGGAGGAAACAUGUUAAAGGGUGCACUAUGUGACCUAUAGUGUGGUCCUGCAUGAAGACUUGGACCAUCCCCCUUACCAGCCAUAACAGUGAUACCCUGGGAGAUACAGACAUCCUCAUGUAGGAUGGGAGCCUGGGAGUCACCUGCAUAGGUGUCCUGUAUCUGCCCCACACUGCACAACCAGGGACCCAACUGACCAUAGCAACACAGCAGCUUCCUACCUUCAAUAACACUUUUACAUGUUUGUAAGGAACUGUAGUUGUGAGUUCAUUGGCUCGCGGUUUAGUAAUGAAAUUCAUACCAACAAUCAUAAAAGGGCGUAGAACACAACAAUUUCCUGUGAGGUCAAAGCAUUUGAUAAUGGCACUUUUUCCUUACUUUUGGAAGUUACAAUUUUAUUGCUGUACAUAUGAACACACUGAAUACUAUUUGACAAAUAAUGAACAGAGGUUCUUGUUUAUAGAGUUAAACUGACAUUUGUGAAGAAUUUAGAAUUAUUUUUAAUAUUUAAAAUUACAUUUUGAAGACAAACAAUUAUCAAGGUCAUUUCCAAAUUUAAUAUCAAUCACCUUGGGGUCGGAAAUGGAAAUUGACGUUUUGAAGCAAAUUGUAAAAAACAAAAAUGAUAAACUUUCAUAUUUAUAUAUAUUAUAUCAUGCAUAUAAAUUCAUAUAUAUAUAUAUGUAUAUGUGUAUAUAUAUGUGUAUAUAUAUAUGUAUAUAUAUAUAUAUAUAUAUAUGUGUGUGUGUAUAUAAAUAUAUUACUUCUCUAAAACAGCCACAUGAUGGUGAUAGUGGUUUAUACAUAACUUUCUCUUUGAAGAGGCAAAUACAGUAUAAAUCUUUUAUCAAAGAAAAUGUAUUUUAGUUCUAUACUUUUAUAUUUUUUCAAUUAUUGAAAUGUCAACUUUUUGCCGUUUUAUUUAAUGAGUUUAAAUUAAGGAGCUUAAUACUGUAGGAAAGAUAUAUUUAUAAAGUGUCUCUCUUCUCCUGCUAAAUAAACUUGAAAUAGGCAAUAGAUUUCAACGGUAUGUAUUUGAGCAUUACAUGGGUGUUGUAUAUUUAACUAAUAUGCUUUAUUUCAGUGGUGGUCCUAAAUGAUGUCAAGCAAACCAUCAGAAAAGCCUAUUUCUUGAGCUCCACUCAAACAGCCCUGCUAUUUGUACAAUUCCUAGCAUGUUUGUAUAUACACUUUUCACCUGCGUUUUUUUCGAAUUUCUCAAAGCUGUACAUUUCAUGCUGGUUUAACUGACUUUAUUUUAAGUGAUUCCUAUAAAGUAUUUUUUGCUGUGGGCUUUUUUAAAUAUAAAUAUAUACAUAUGAAGUCUCAUUCAAAAUACAGCCAAGGGUGUAUUGCCAAGAAAUGUACAUUAAAGUACAAAAGAGGGCAAGUUUGCAAAUUUGUUACAUCUGCCAUCAUUUUGAAUAUGAGACAGAUCUAUCUUGGAGAAGAGAUCUGUGACUUUUACACUCUUUUUUUUUUUAGUAAAUUAUUAAAACUCUUGAAAAAAAGCUCCCUUUGAGUGUGUGUG